AUGGAGAGGAAAGCCAUUCAGCUCCGGGGUGCCAACAACAAGUUGGUUGACCCUGCAGCCAUGAGCGGAACUCUCAAAGUCAUGUCACCCAAGCGAGACUCGCCCAUCUACCCUAUCUAUCCUGACCCUUGCCGCCUGGGAGGACAGGCAAGGGUGCAGGUUUUCAAGAAUGCAUUGGUAAGGGCCCCUAUAUCCAACAUUCCUCAGUCCUCCUUGUGGUCUAGGAGGAAAACUAGUGUUUCUGCUGCUGUGUUGAUGGGAAACACUCAGGCAUCAACAGGCUCACCCUUGAAAUGCAUCCUAAGCCACUGGGACCAAUUUGACUCACAAACCCUGAAAAAGAGGCGGCUCAUUUUUUUCUGCACUAUGGUUUGGCCCCAAUAUUCUCUCUCUGAUGGGGAAAAAUGGCCACCUGAGGGAAGUAUAAAUUACAAUACUAUCCUGCAGCUUGACCUUUUCUGUAAGAGGGAAGGCAAAUGGAGUGAAAUAUCUUAUGUCCAAGCUUUCUUUUCAUUGAAGGAGAAUCCACAACUAAGCAAAGCUUGCAAUUUACAUCCCACAGGAGGACCUCCCAGCUUACCCCCAUAUCCUAGCCUCCCUAUAGCUCCCCCUCCUAUUAAUGAUAAGCCUCUUCUAAUCUCCCCUGCCCAGAAGGAAAUAAGCAAAGAAAUCUCCAAAGGACCACAAAAACCCCCAGGCUAUCGGUUAUGUCCCUUUCAAGCUGUAGGGGGAGGGGAAUUUGGCCCAACUCGGGUACAUGUCCCUUUCUCCCUCUCUGAUUUAAAGCAGAUCAAGGCAGACCUGGGGAAGUUUUCAGAUGAUCCUGAUAGGUACAUAGAUGUCCUACAGGGUCUAGGGCAAACCUUCGAUCUCACUUGGAGAGAUGUCAUGCUAUUGUUAGAUCAAACCCUGGCCUUUAAUGAAAAGAAUGUGGCUUUAGCUGCAGCCCAAGAGUUUGGAAAUACUUGGUAUCUUAGUCAAGUAAAUGAUAGAAUGACAGCCAAAGAAAGGGACAAAUUCCCUACUGGUCAGCAAGCCAUCCCCAGUAUGGGUCCCCACUGGGACCUUGACUCAGAUCAUGGGGACUGGAGUCGCAAACAUCUGUUGACCUGUGUUCUAGAAGGACUGAGGAGGAUUAGGAAAAAGCCCAUGAAUUCUUCAGUGAUGUCCACCAUAACUCAGGGAAAGUAAGAAAAUCCUUCUGCCUUCCUCGAGCAGCUACAGGAGGCCUUACGAAAAUAUACUCCCCUGUCACCUGACUCACUCAAGGGACAGUUAAUCCUAAAAGAUAAGUUUAUUACCCAAUCAGCCACAGAUAUCAGGAGAAAGCUCCAAAAAAUUGAGGCCAUCGAGCUACAGAUGGUCUUACAAAUGGAACCCCAAAUGAGCUCAACUAACAACUUCUAUCAAGGACCCCUGGACCAACCCACUGGCCCUUUCACUGGCCUAAAUAGAGUUCCCCUCUGGAGGACACUAAAACUGCAGGGCCCCUUCUUCACCCCUAUCCAGCAGGAAGUAGCUAGAGUGGUCAUCGCCUAA